GGACUGCUUAAAUUAACUUUCUUUCUAUCUUUCUUCCUUCCUUGAGCCGUAGCUUUGUUGUGGUUUUCGCUGCUAGUGCUGAGUCAAUCAGCUCAGCUGCUCUUUUUUGCUUUCAUCUCCCUCUCUCUCUCUCUCUCUCUCCCUCCCUCCCUCUCCUCUCUCUUUCUCUCUCUCCCGGGUCGGUCUCAUAUCCUUCUUGAUGAUCAGUUUGUCGGAAGUUAAAAUGGUGAGGCAAAGAAUCCAGAUCAAGAAGAUCGACAACGUGUCGGCGAGGCAGGUGACCUUCUCCAAAAGAAGAAGAGGGCUUUUCAAGAAGGCCCAAGAGCUCUCAACUCUCUGCGAUGCUGAGGUUGCUCUCCUUGUUUUCUCUUCAACCGACAAGCUCUUCAAGUUCUCCAGCUCAAGUAUGGAGCAGGUAAUUGAGAGGCAUAGUCGAGAGAAUCUUGGGAAACUAAAUGAUCAACCUUCUCUGGAGCUUCAACUCGAAAGUGGUCCAUUUGCAACGUUAAGCAAGCAACUUGAAGAUAAGAGUCGUAAAUUGAGCCAGCUUAGAGGAGAAGAGCUCAAUGGGCUUAAUUUUGAAGAGCUAAAGCAACUAGAGAAAUUGGUCCAAGGAGGAUUACACCGUGUUUUAAGAGCAAAGGGUGACAAAAUUGAGAAAGAAAUGAUUGCCCUCAAGAGAAAGGAAGCCAGACUGAUGGAAGAGAAUUUAUGCUUGAAACGGCAAAUUGAAGUCUUGACGACUGGGCAAACGCAUGAACAGUCAUCAGAAUCCCCCGCCAACACUCCUGGUAGCUCAGCCGCCCCCUCUGAAGAUUGUCAGAGCUCUGACACUAACUCCCUCCUCGAACUCAGCCUAGCUUUUCGGAAAUGGAUUUGACGCGGGCGCAGGCAGCGAUCUUUCUCACUGAGUCGCAGCAUUAUGUCCAUCAUCAGAUCCUACGUACGUAAAAGGACUUUCUUUGCUCCCAGCUAGUUUCUUUACUGUAUUUGUUUUGUGCCAUAAAUUCUGAUUCUGCUGCACUUUGUAGGGUCUGCAACAGUGAUUUUAUAAGGUUUAAUUCUGAUAAUGAAUAUAUCAGCUACCUAAGUUCCCACUCCAAGUAUCCUCCUAGACACGGUUGACUCAAAAGGAGCUUGUAUUAUAAGGUGAUCCAAUUAAUAAUAUGUCUCAUCUGCUUGGGAGUUUAACUCGCUUUAGGAAAACCUAAUCAACUAUACUAUAUAUGGUUUCCUGCAACUUGCAUGUACUGUCGAGAAAACAGCAGAAAAAAGACAUGAAACUGGAUAAGAAAGAAAAGAAGGGAACCCUUUUUGGGAUUACAGAUGGCAGUGCUUGAUAUAAAGAAGCGUUUUUAUCAUGGCUUAUGUGUUGAUGAAAACAAAAUUAUGUUUUUACGUACCUUGAUAGGCUGAUGGUGAUUCUUUGCAAGAUUUUCACUGUCCCCCAACUUAUCUUAAUUUAUUUUUUAUAGAGAUAACUGGCUAAUCAUCCUGCCCUGGAACUCCAUUUGUCAGGAGCCAAAGCACCAG